GGUGGCGCGCGUCUUAUCACUGCCGUCCCGUCGAGCGUUUCGCGCCAUCCGCGCGCGUCGAUCUCCGUAGUACACUCUGGCACCCCGGUCCCCGCGGUAUCGCAGCCUGUGAACGUAUUGUUAUUAUUACUAUCACAUCGACACGUUGUAAUUGGCCACUCGCUCGCUAUCUCACCGCGUGAGCAGAUCGCGACGGAGACACGCCGUUUUGACACUUGCAUUCGCACUCGCGGCACACAGGCGUGUGACGAUCGUGUCGCUGCGUGGACGCGGUGCUGCAGAUGUCCAUCAUCGCAGGCCGUCGAGACGACCGCUCGCCGCACCAGCACCAUCUCAGCAGACUAGGCGGCGGUAAAAUCGUCGUCCAAUAAACAAAAAAAAUCUCCUCCGAAGGCUGAACAAUAUAUAAUAAUAUUGUAUUAUUAUAGUUCUGUGCCUGAUAAUAUUUGUGGUCGUACCGGAAGCAGCCGUGUAGCCGAUAGGUAGUAAUAUGUGGGCUCCUGUAACGUUUACAAGCGACAAUAGCGUUCCACCAUCGAGAUCCAAGCACAGCGCUGCUGUUCAUGGUAACCACAUUUAUGUGGUCGGCGGUCGAAAUGGCAAUUGGCCCCUGAAAGACAUAUGGAGAUACGCCCUGUCGAAUAACACCUGGGAACAGUUGCACCCGACAGGAGAUUCAUUGCAAAAUUUGCAAGAACAUACAGCAGUCGUUUAUCAAGACAAGGUAUACGUUUUCGGUGGAGAAGUGGGGUUUUCGUCUGCCUCUGAGUCUCCACUAUGGUCCUACAAUAUUAAGGAUAAUCAAUGGAAAAAAGUCAAAGGAAAAUCCGGUUCAAAUGUACCAAAGGGCAGAAGAGGUCAUACUGCAUUAGUAUAUAGAAAUUCGAUGAUUAUUUAUGGAGGAUAUAGAGACCUAAAAGGAUCCACGAAUGAAAUGUGGGCUUUCCACUUCGAUACCGAGUCGUGGCAUUUACUUUCCCAAGGAAGAGUACUACCACCAGCGAGACACAAACAUUCAGCAAUCAUACACGAUGAUGUAAUGUGGGUGUAUGGAGGAAUGACAGAUUUGAAUGAAAGAUCAGAUUUGUGGAGAUUUGAUUUUGUGAAGAAAAAAUGGAGUAUCUUGAAGACCAAAGUAAAUCCAGGUUUAUUGCAUGGCCACUGUGCUUCCAAAGUAAUGGGUUCUAUGAUUAUUUUUGGUGGAAAAAAAGGAGGGCAGAUUAGUAAUGAUUUGUGGAAAUUUUAUUUCGCUACCGAGACUUGGGAAAAAGUGCACACUACCUAUCCACAGCCUCCGGCGAUCUGCGAGGCCGUGACGCUGACGGUGUUGGAAAUGACGUCGACGUCGACGACCAAGAGUAGCCGUGAAAACGGCGUACAGUCACCCAUUGUGGUCCGGCGGUCCAGGAGCGGCCGGUCCGUUGACAGACAACAGCAGAGCGGCAGCGGCGACCGAGAUCACGGUGGCCACCUGCAUCAGUGGCACCACCAGUGCCGGUCUGAGUCCCGGGCAUCGUCUUUGGGUGGCUCGAACGUGAACAUCCUGAAAGAGAUAUCGAAACUUUCACAACUCAACCUGUACCGGCUGGCGCACAACAAGACCUACAGCGUUCUGAGCAGCACGGACAGCGUGGUGUCCGCCGACGCUUCACACGUACAGCAGCAACAGCAGAACAUGGUCAAGUCGCAGUCGGCUAACGUUAUCGCUCGGUCGCUGAUAUCGCCGGUGGUGUCGAACGCGUCACCGCCCGGCUACAAGUCGUCGUUCCCGCCGUGCAGGAUGCCCCGGGACCCCAUGUCGGUGCCCAAUUUUGGAGUAGCCCUGACCCCGGUCGAGGCCACCAAGCUCGUGUACCUGGAGGGCGAGGAGGCGCCGAGCCCGCGCGUCGAGUUCGAUCAUGACUUUGGGUCCGUGCACAUGCGGUUCCACCCCAACGGGCCGCUGUCGACUGGGUCGUCGACGCUCAACAAGACGCUCAACCGGCGCAGCUACCCGAUGACCAGUUCCGCGUCCGCCCGGUUCGGCAACCCGUACAGCACUCCCGAGGAACCGGGCGAGAUCACUUCUGGUUACGUCAGCAUCGAGACGGUGCACCAGUCGCCCAACAGCGGUGACGGGCCCAUGUGCUUCUCCAACCCCAACUACAUGGUGGCUGACAUACAGAACGCCAUAUCCAAAGGUGAUUACGUCAAACUCAACAGUCCGCCGGACAGCCUGCUGGAGGACAGUGACAACGCGUUCGAAAUGCGCGACAUGAACCGUCCGGCGCCGCCCAAGACAUUGGCGCUAAACUCGUCGACGGCGUUCAAUUCGAGUUCGGACGUCCGGUCGUCGACGAAGGCGGCGCGGGCCGCAAGCGCUGGACGCGCGUCGGCGAUGGGUCGCAGCGGCAGUGGUGGCGGUGCAGUCGUCGAGCAUCAUCAAGUCAAAGAGUACGCGGUGUACCUUUUGGGCGGCAUGGAACGCGACGGUUCCGUGACCGUGUUCAAAAAGCCCAUGGCCAUGUGGAAGCUCAGCAUGUUCUUCAGGAACGUGCAGUGACGAUGCUAAUGUAUAAGUAAAAUAAUGUUUAACGGAGGGGCGGGCGUUGUUUGGAGGGGGUGGGGGAGGGAGGGUUAUGUAAAGUGUACCUUCUGUCUGCGUAGUCAUUAAUUCGUUAUUAUUGGCGUUUAUCGACUGGAGGUAUAGCUACUGUUUACUUUGUACAGUAGGUGUAAUAGGUGUAUAUUAUAAUAUGACGGGUAAAAGCACGAAAACUCGCGACCUACCGCGAACACGGUAACGGGACCGCGCAAAAAACCUGCAACCGCCGUGGACUGUGGUCAGUGGUUUUUACUUCCUGAACAAAUGCGACUCGUGUCGUGUGACUUAUAGCGUUUUUUAGGUAUAUUACUUAUAUUAUAGCAUACCUAAUUGUAUUAUUAUUUAUUAUUUAUUAUUUAUUACUAUUAUAAUAUCAUCAUUGACGCGAAGUUUCUCAUACGGUUUUUUUUCUUAACGACGUUAAGACAGUACAUUAUUACGUCCGUAUAUCAUAAUAUUAAAUUGUUUUCCACAAAUCGUUAUCUGCAACGUUCGUGUGUGGGUAAAAGUAAUUGUGUUAAGUGGAUUUUGUCCGUCCGACGUCAUAGCGUCCGUCCGUCGACAGACUAGACUCCAAUGUAGGUAAGGAACUCGGACGAAUACUUUACGAACCGAUUCACAUGAUAUAACAAUAAUUAAUUAGCACCCUAGGGAUUUAUCUUUUUCAAUAUAUACUUUUACGAUACCAUGUAAUAUUAAUAAAAUGUUUACGAGUAUGUCUGAUGUGUACAUAUUAUAGGUAUAACGCAGCUGUAAAGAAGCAGAUAUAGGUAGGUAAAUAUGUAAUGAGCGUGAUUUUCACAUGCUAAUGAAAUGUGCCAAAAAUCAAAAUAUUGACUAUAAUUAUUUUAUUUUGUUAAGAACAAUUAUUAAGUUGAUUAAAAUAUCUUCCGUAAAUACCUACCAAUAAUUAAUAAAAACCAUGUGCCAUUCGACGUAUUUCUGUCGAUAUAUCUAAUAUUAUAUUUUAUGUCGAAGUCCAGUUUUAAAAUCCUUUUUGUACUUUUU